CCGGCGCCCUCGGGGACCACGUCUCUGAGACCCGCGACCGGUCGCCGGCACCAUGAGGAGCAAUCGGGCCCGCAAGGGCGGAGCGGGCUCCAAGGACUUCGGCGCGGGACUCAAGUACAGCUCGGGGCUAGAGAACAUGAAUGGCUGCGAGGAAGGCGUGGAGUUCUUGCCGGUCAACAACACCAAGAAGAUGGAGAAGCGUGGCCCCCGGCGCUGGGUGGUGCUGCUGACCCUGUUCGUGGGCUUCCUGGUGCUUUCCCUCAUGACCGGGCUGCUCGUGUGGCACUUCCACUAUCGGAAUGUGCGGGUCCAGAAGGUCUUCAAUGGCUACCUGAGGAUCACAAAUGAGAACUUUCUGGAUGCCUAUGAGAACUCAAACUCCAUGGAGUUUGCAAACCUAGCGAGCAAAGUGAAAGAAGCGCUGGUGCUGUUGUACAGCAGGAACCCGGCUCUGGGUCCCUACCACAGGCAGUCGGCCGUGACUGCUUUCAGCGAGGGCAGUGUCAUCGCCUACUACUGGUCAGAAUUCAGAAUCCCGCAGUACCUGGUGGAGGAGGCUGACCGCGCCAUGGCCCAGGAGCACGUGAUCACACUGCCACCCCGCUCCCGUGCUAUGAACAACUUCGAGGUGACCUCUGUGGUGGCCUUCCCUGCUGACCCCAGAACAAUAGAGACCACCCAGGAUAACAGCUGCAGCUUUGCCCUCCACGCCCGAGGGAGUGAGCCCAUUCGCUUCACCACGCCUGGCUUCCCCGACAGCCCCUACCCAUCACACGCCCGCUGCCAGUGGACCCUGCGGGGAGAUGCCAAUUUCAUGCUCAGCCUCACCUUCCGCAGCUUCGAUGUCACACCCUGCAAAGGCAGCGGCAGUGACCGUGACCUGGUCAUGGUGUAUGACAGCCUGAGCCCUGUGGAACCCCGUGCUCUGGUGGAGCUGUGUGGCACCUACCCUCCCUCCUACAACCUGACCUUCCUCUCCUCUCAGAACGUCCUGCUCGUCACGCUGAUAGCCAACACUGAGCGACAACACCCUGGCUUUGAGGCCGUGUUCUUCCAGCUGCCUCGCAUGAGCAGCUGUGGAGGCUACUUACAGGGAAACAAUGGGACAUUUACCAGCCCCUUCUACCCUGGCCACUACCCCCCCAACAUCAACUGCACGUGGGAGAUCCAGGUGCCCAGCAACCGGAACGUGAAGGUUAUCUUCAAACUCUUCUACUUGCUGGAGCCCAAUGUCCCUCUGGGCACCUGCACCAAGGACUAUGUGGAGGUCAACGGGGAGAAGUACUGUGGAGAGAGGCCCCAGUUUGUGGUUGCCAGCCAGAACAACAGGAUCACCGUCCGCUUCCAUUCGGAUCAGUCCCACACCGACACGGGCUUCUUGGCUGACUAUGUGUCUUACGACUCCAGCGACCCAUGCCCAGGGAAGUUCAUGUGUAAAACGGGGCGAUGCAUCCGGAACGAGCUGCGCUGCGAUGGCUGGGCCGACUGCACGGACUACACCGAUGAGCUCAACUGCCAAUGCAAUGCCACAUACCAGUUCACGUGCAAGAACAAGUUCUGCAAGCCCCUUUUCUGGGUCUGUGACAACGUGAACGACUGUGGGGACAACAGCGACGAGCAGGACUGUAAUUGUCCAGCUCAGACCUUCAAGUGCACCAAUGGGAAGUGCCUCCCGCGAAACCAGCAGUGUGACGGGAAGGACAACUGUGGAGACGGGUCAGAUGAAGCCAAGUGUGACAGCGUGAGCGUCGUCACCUGCACCAAACACACCUAUCGCUGCCACAACGGACUCUGUGUGAGCAAGGGCAACCCUGAGUGCGAUGGGAAGAAGGACUGUAGUGACGGCUCAGAUGAAAAGGACUGUGAUUGUGGGCUGCGGUCGUUCAGCAGGCAGUCUCGGGUCGUUGGAGGCGAGAAUGCAGACGAAGGCGAGUGGCCCUGGCAGGUGAGCCUCCAUGCCAAGGGCCAUGGCCACGUGUGUGGGGCUUCACUCAUCUCGCCCAGCUGGAUGGUGUCUGCAGCUCACUGCUACAAGGACGAGAGAGGAUUCAGCUACUCUGACCCCAAAAUGUGGAAGGCCUACCUGGGCCUGCAUGACCAGAGAAAGCGCAGUGCCCCAGGGGUGCAGGAGCUCGGACUCAAGCGCAUCAUCAGUCAUCCCUCCUUCAACGACUUCACUUUUGACUACGACAUCGCGCUGCUGGAGCUGGAGAAGCCGGUGGAGUACAGCAGCACCAUCCGCCCCAUCUGCCUACCGGACACCUCACAUUCCUUCCCCACGGGCAAGGCCAUCUGGGUGACCGGCUGGGGCCACACAGAAGAGGGAGGCUCCGCGGCCAUGAUCCUGCAGAAGGGCGAGAUCCGGGUCAUCAACCAGACCACCUGCGAGAAGCUGCUGCCGCAGCAGAUCACCCCGCGCAUGAUGUGCGUGGGCUACCUCAGCGGGGGCGUGGACGCCUGCCAGGGCGAUUCCGGGGGUCCCUUGUCCAGUGUGGAGGCGGAUGGCCGGAUCUUCCAGGCGGGUGUGGUGAGCUGGGGUGACGGCUGCGCGCAGAGGGACAAGCCAGGCGUGUACACCAGGCUGCCAGUGUUUCGGGAAUGGAUUAAAGAGCAGACGGGGGUGUAGAUGCAGGGGCUUCCCACCUUCUGCGCCAACAGCACGUACACCCGAGGACUGAGGACAGGCUCGCUAACUGCACCCCGCUCGGGGCCCCCUGAACCCAGACUGUGAACUGAGUCCUCAGGGCCCUGAAAAUGGCGAAUUGGCCUGGAGAGCCCCUCACCUCCCGCAUCUGCACAGCGCUGAUGGGCGCUUGAGAGGGGAGGCCGCCAGAUGUGCCUGGGAGGACCGAGGUCUGAAGACACAGCCCAAGCUGGGCGAAGCCUCUUUCUCCAAGAUCUGCCUCUGCCUCGGAUAUGAGGGCAGCAGCACUGUUGCCUCUGGGACCCUCAGAUGGGGAUUCUGUGGACUCCUCGAGUCAGGCUCCUCUGCAACCCAGGCCAGAAGGACUCUAGAAGACUGCUGAGUCUCAGAUUGGAAUUGUUUGACCAGA